AUGGCACAGAUGUCUGCUUUGACUAAUCAGAUUAAGAGUCUCACUGAAAAUAAAGUAACCGCAAGUCAAGAAACAGUAAAUGUGGCACAAAAUUCUAGUUCGAAUGGGUUGGUGGAUGAAAAAUUCCAAUAUGUCAAUCAGAACUACAACUUUAGGCCAAACAACAACUUGCCCACAUACUACCAUCUUGGCCUUCGCAAUCAUGAAAAAAUUUCCUAUGCCAACAAUAGAAACGUUCUCCAACCACCUCAAGAGCCACCUACACAAAUGGGGGAGAAGCCUUCACCAUCACUUGAAGAGUUACUGAAGACUUACAUUGUGGACUCCAAGGCAAGGCUAGAUCAAUAUGACACUCGUCUCAAUAAUAUUGAAACACAUUGUACUAAUAUGGGAGCAACGAUGAAGACAUCGGAAACACAAGUGGGUCAAUUGGCCAAUACUAUGAAGACUAAAAUGUCUAGAUCUUUUCCAAGUGAUACGAAGAAGAAUCCAAAAGAGUGUAAUGCAAUUACUUUGAGGAGUGGAAAGGAAUUGGACGCUCCUAUAGUUGAGAAGAAAAAGGUUGAUGAGAUCCCAAUAAAUGGUGAGAAAGAAGAAGACAAGCAAAAAGAGGAGAUUCCGAGGAAAGAGCCAUUGGUGCCUAAUUUUGGUUCAAUUACUUUUCCGGACAACCCACCCAAGAUUACUACUCCAUUACCAUUUCCUCAAAGAUUUCACAAGAAGGCAAUUGAUGAACAAUUUUCAAAGUUCUGGAAUAUUUUCAAGAAAAUACAUAUUAACAUUCCUUUUGUUUAUGCCUUUGAACAAAUGCCAAACUACGCUAAUUUUAUGAAGGAGGUGAUGUCUAAGAAGCGUAAGUUAGAGGAUUAUGAAAUAGUGAAGCUAACGGAAGAGUGUAGUGCCAUUAUCAAGAGACAAUUACCAGAAAAGUUGAAAGAUCCGGGAAGUUGUACAUUUCCAUGUGUUAUUGGUGAACUACAUAUUGAGAAGGCCUUGUGUAAUUUGGGUGCUAAGGUCAUAGCAACUACUAUUUCCUUACAAUUGGCGAAUCAUUCUUUGACGUAUCCUAGAGGUAUCAUUGAAGAUGUUUUAGUGAAGAUUGAUAUAUUCAUUUUUUCGGUUGAUGUUGUUGUGCUUGACAUGGAGGAAGACCAAGAAAUUUUGAUAAUCUUGGGAAGACCUUUUCUAGCAACCGGGAAAGCUUUGAUUGAUGUUUAUGAUGGUAACUUUACUCUAAGGGUGAAUGCCGAAGAAGUAAAGUUUAACAUUAGUAAUGCUAUGAAGUUUCCCAAGGAGCAAGCAGAUUGUAAGAGAGUGGAUGUAAUUAAUCCAUGCUUAAGAGACUUUUUCAAGACCAUGUUUCAUAAGGAUCCUUUGGAUCUAUGUUUGACAACGCCGAUUUCUAAAGAGGACCUUGGAGUAGAUUUGGGAAUGAAUGAUAUGGAGGUGGUUGAUAGUGUCUUUGCUUUAGAAGCAUUACCGGUAGAAAAGGAGGUCUCUAAGAAGGAAGAUAUCAAUAAGGCUCCUACUGUUGAUAAAAGCUCGGAAAAAAAGAAUACUACUAGUGAUGAGCAUGUUUUGAAGCAAUUACCUGCUCAUCUUCGAUAUGCACUUUUGGAGAUGGCUCUACCAAACCCAUAA